GCCACCCGCCACUACUCCAUCACAUCUGCUGCUCCGGCCGUCGCAUUCUUCACGACUCCUCCCGGCGCAUUCUCCGACCUUCUAGAACGCUCGCCUUCCUCCUCCUUCCGAACCAUUUUAAGCUCCCCUCAUGAGCUCCCAGGAUCUCCACACCAAAAUCAAAGCACCAGAUCGAACAGGCAGCAGGCACCAUAAACCAAGCUCCACAGCUCGCCGCCAGUAAUGGCUUCCACUUCUCUCGUUGCAACUAUCGUGUGUAGCAGCAGCAGCAGCACUAGUAGGAGAGCAACCUUACCAAGAAGCUUCUGCAAGAACCAUCACAGGCCACCUCUCAGGAGAAGCUCCGUCGUCAGGUGCUCGCUGCGGGAGCAAGAUCGGGCGACGGAGAACCGGCCGGUCUCCUCCACUGCCGUUGCUCCUGACGAGCAAAAGGUUGAGGAGGCGAAGAAGGUCUCGUCGCAUCAUGCCGGAGGAGGAGGGGCAGGAGAUCACCAGGAAGGAGGUGAUGGCGAGGACGGCGAGAAGAAGAGCAGGGAUGAGCAGCAGGAGGUGGACUGGAGGUCGGACGAGGAGUUCAAGAAGUUCAUGGGCAACCCGUCCAUCGAGGCCGCCAUCAAGCUCGAGAAGAAGCGCGCCGACCGGAAGCUCCGGGAGCUCGACCGCGAGCCUGACGGCAGCCCGGUCGCCGGCCUGCUCCGUGGGUUCAUCAAGGGCACGCUGGAACGGGAGAAGCAGAGGCUGGAGGAGGCCGAGCAGACCUUCAAGGCGCUCGACCUCAACAAGCUCAAGAGCUGUUUCGGGUACGACACGUUCUUCGCGGUGGACGUGCGGAGGUUCGGCGACGGUGGCAUCUUCAUCGGCAACCUGAGGAAGCCCAUCGAGGAGGUGAGGCCGAGGCUGGAGAAGAAGAUCGCGGAGGCGGCCGGGACAGAGGUCACCCUGUGGUUCAUGGAGGAGAGGAACGACGACGUCACCAAGCAGGUGUGCAUGGUGCAGCCGAAAGCAGAGAUCGAGCUGCAGCUCGAGGUGACCAGGCUGAGCACGCCGUGGGGCUACCUGAGCGCCGUGGCCUUGGCCGUCACGACCUUCGGGACCAUAGCACUCAUGAGCGGCUUCUUCCUCAAGCCCGGCGCCUCCUUCGACGACUACGUCUCGGACGUCCUCCCCCUCUUCGGAGGCUUCCUCUCCAUCCUCGGCGUGUCCGAGAUCGCGACGAGGUUGACGGCGGCGAGGUACGGGGUGAAGCUGAGCCCGUCGUUCCUGGUGCCGUCGAAUUGGACGGGAUGCCUGGGCGUGAUGAACAACUACGAGUCGCUGCUGCCGAACAAGAAGGCCCUGUUCGACAUCCCCGUCGCCUGCACGGCCAGCGCGUACCUGACGUCGGUGGUGCUGGCCGUCUCGGCCUUCAUUGCCGACGGCAGCUUCAACGGCGGCGAGAACGCCCUGUUCAUCCGGCCGGAGUUCUUCUACAACAACCCGCUGCUGUCGUUCGUGCAGCAGGUGAUCGGGCCGUACGCGGACGAGCUGGGGAACGUGCUGCCCAACGCGGUGGAGGGCGUGGGCGUGCCGGUGGACCCGCUGGCGUUCGCGGGGCUGCUGGGGAUCGUGGUGACGUCGCUGAACCUGCUGCCGGUCGGGCGGCUGGAGGGCGGCCGGGUCGCGCAGGCGCUGCUCGGGCGGCGCACGGCGGCGCUGCUGUCGUUCGGCACGUCGCUGCUGCUGGGGGCGGGCGCCGUCGGCGGCAGCGUGCUGUGCCUGGCGUGGGGGCUCUUCGCCACCUUCAUCCGCGGCGGGGAGGAGAUCCCGGCGCAGGACGAGAUCACGCCGCUGGGGAGCGAGCGCUACGCGUGGGGCUUCGUGCUCGCCGUCGUCUGCCUCCUCACGCUCUUUCCCAACGGCGGCGGCACCUACUCCAGCUCCUUCCUCGGCGAGCCCUUCUUCAGGGGCGGCAUCUAGACCUGAUCCUAGUAGCGUAGAAGUAGUAGGGAGAUAAAAUGCACCGUUACUCUGAAGCCACAGCAUUUGUGCUCUUUCUCAGCGAGGAAACAUUGGUGCAGAACAGGCAAUUGGAUCUGAAAACAUGAAGCAACAAGCGUUUGUGCAUAAAGUAGGAAGAAACAGAAGAAAUUCAGGACCAAGAAGGCACAGUUUAUUCAUUAGUAUUAGAAUGAUUAGGUCAGGCUGCAUACAGUAAUUACAAGGGAUUGAUCAGCUACAUCUUCUUAAUAUUAGAAUCCGGGGCAUUGCCUCUGUGCGAUCUUGUCAAGCA